GGCGGAGCAGAGAGGCACCGCGGGGGGACAGAGAAGGAGAUAACUGGGUGCAUCUAUAUGCAUGUAUAGAAACGUUAGAGAGCUUUAAGUUUCAUUUUAGUCCUUUUCACACAAUGGCAUCUCAAAGUCACCAAAACGCUCUUGCAUGCGCACCUUCAGGGGCACCCCAAAUGUGUGGUUUAGCAAAACAAAUGGUUUACAAAGUGAAUGCAACAGUUGCGAUGAAAGUUUCUCUGCAGUUACAUCAGCAAUUAAACAGUUAGUUCCAAAUUAUGUCAAGCAUACAAAAUAAAUCUUGUCAGAUUUAGUCUGGUUCAAAAAAUCCUAUCAUAUCAAAUGUUGAUCUGAUGUGUUAUGGCUCUAUGUGGGGGUUGAACCUCGGACCUUACAGUGGGAAAGCAUUUCAUUUACAUUUACACUGCAUUUAUUCAUUUAGCCAUUUAGAUUUAUGUAUCACACAUGAAUGUUACUCACUGAUAUUAUCUAAGAACAUGUAGCCUGGAACAUUUAAUAAAUAAAUUACAAUAAAUAAAUCAAGAAUUUAAAGUUAACCUCCUUAAGCCAAAAGAGAGGUUUGAAGCCACACAUUCCCGCAGACAUCAUCAAAUAACUCCGAUCAAGCCUGUCUAAGUACUUUUAAUAAGUGAUGAUGUGAAAAGGUGACAGGAGAAUAAAGAAUCUGAAAUAUAAAACUGAAUUACUAUGAUUUAGGGUCAUUAUUUACCUCUAAACGUUGAUGUCAGGAACAUCAACUUGUAUUGCAUUAGUUCUAUCAGAAACUGGUCUCCAGCUUCUGUCAGUCCUCCUCUGCCUCCGCCCAUCCUCUCUGUCCGUCCCUCUCUGAUGAUGUGGGGUUUCUUUUGUCCCGCGCCUCUGACCUCAGCAGGUUUGUUUCUCUCCCCAUAAUCCCUCUCCCGUGGGCGCCAGCGUAUAAAAGGGAGAGGCUCACUCCGAGCCACACACACUCUGAGUGAGGCUUGGCGUAGGCAUCGCACACACAUACAGUAAUCAUGUCCAGUGGAGAUAAGUCUAAGACCUCUUCCCAGACUGACGGGAAGGCCGCUCAGGGCAAGAAGUCUGAGAUGGGAAUGAUGGCCUACAAGAUGUACGUGUUCGACCAGGAGAACUUCCAGGGUCGCAUGAUCGAGAUCAGCAACGAGUGCAUGAAUGUGUGUGAGAUGGGCAUGGACCGUGUGCGCUCCCUGCGCGUUGAGUGUGGACCCUUCGUGGGCUUUGAGCAGAUGAACUUCUGUGGUGAGAUGUACAUCCUGGAGAAGGGAGAGUAUCCUCGCUGGGACUCCUGGAGCAACUGCCAGAGGAACGACUACCUGCUGUCCUUCAGGCCCGUCAGAAUGGACCCCGAGAAGCACAAGAUCUGCCUGUACGAGGUCGGAGAGUUCAAGGGCCGCAAGAUGGAGAUCAUGGACGAUGACGUUCCUAGCAUGUUCUCCUACGGCUUCACCGACAGAGUGGGCAGCAUCAUUGUCAGCUGUGGAACCUGGGUGGGAUACCAGUUCCCUGGAUACCGUGGCAGCCAGUACCUGCUGGAGAAGGGCGACUACAGGCACUUCAACGAGUACGGCGCCCGCCAUCCUCAGUUCCAGUCUGUGAGGCGUAUCCGUGACAUGCAGUGGCACCAACAGGGCUGCUACACCAUGGCCAGCAAGUGAGGCUCAGGGAAGGAGAGAAAGAGAAAGAGCGGAAGUGAGGGAGAGGGGCGGAGGAAGAGGGAAAGGGGGAGAGAUGUCUGAGGCCUUACCUCAGUACCUUAAACGGUCUAUGAUCUAACGCAGUGAGGGGAAGGGUGAGGAUUUAGAUCUGCCCUUGAUCGGAGACAACACCUCAGUGGAAGGACCAGCUGGACCACACUCCAUUCCUCUCUGUCUCUACUUUUCUCUUUCUCCCCUAUGGGCUGAGUUUUACUUUCACCCCUUUUCUCCCUUUUUUUAGUCCCUCACUUCAUUCCCUUCCACGGUCCUCUGAAACACCAAAGAGGGUACACGACACCUCUGGCUGUUUUACACACUUGAUUCUCGGCUCAGGGUAUAAUGCACCACGGGAAACUGAGUCCCUAGAGCCCCCCAGCCCCCCAUCUUCUUGCCCCUGUGCUUUGCACGCCCUCUCUGCUGUACAGAAUCCUGGCCAAGUUUU